ACAAUUGCCAUCUGGUGGAGGUAGGUCCUAUUGAGAAGUUGUGCGAAGUGAAGCAACAAUAUCCCAGAGCCAAGAGUUCGCGAAUUAUUUCUUCUCCUUUGUUAUCAAGGACUAGCUUUCGCGUCCAAUCGACCGCCAUGAAAAUGCGACUGUCGAUUCAUCUCAUUCUAGACUGGGAUGGCACCUUGACCCGCAAGGACACAUUGUCUCUAGUCGGCCAGAUCGCAUAUCACGCCAACCCUUCCAAAUCCCUCCCGCCAUGGUCCGACUUUGUAACAGGUUACAUCAACGACUACACCGACCAUACAUCCAAAUACAAGCCAGCGGUUCUUGGAAGAAAAUCUCUUGAUCAGGAACGACAAUGGUUGGCCAGUCUGGCGCCAAUUGAACACAAAAGUGUCGAACGCGUCGAGGCUUCGGGCAUAUUCAAAGGUGUAAAAGCAAGUCACGUUGAUCAUGUCGCCAAAUCUGCCGUACAAACCGGCGAGGUUCAACUCCGGAGCUCUUGGGAUACCUUACUCAGAGGCUUCUUAUGCCACCCUUCGAAUAAACUCAGUAUACUCAGUGUGAACUGGAGUACGAGGUUUAUACGACAAUCCCUCCUUGCAGCAGCCGCAGAAACCACAUGCGCAGAAACACAGAGCUUGACACCGCACAUCGAAUCCAUGGUAAUCAAUGCGAAUGAGAUUACGGGUCUUGAUACGCCUUCUGGUAGCGACGGCACCUUGUCCAAAGACACAGUCUCUGGUAUCCGUACAAGUGCCGACAAACUGUCCCGUAUGCCUGCUUCCUGCCAACAAUGUUCCAGCACACCUAUCCCAUUGGCAGACGUGGUAAAGAAAAAGGAGCAUGCUGUGGUCUACAUCGGUGACUCAGCCACUGACCUUGAAGCCCUUCUUGCUGCGGAUGUAGGUAUUUGCAUUAGAGAUGAGGUCAUGGGCAGUAGUCAGCAAGAGUUGGCCGAUACUCUCGAGAGAAUUGGUGUCAAAGUCAGAGACAUCAGCGAAGGUGUGCUUCUGCAAGGUACAAACAAGAUUCUCUAUUGGACAGAUGGGUUUGAAAAAGUCGUCGAAGCUUUGGAAAAAAUCUGAGCGUAGAUGGUAGCGAAGUGAAUUGGAAAUCCCAUGGAUAUCAAAUCUCAGCGCUCUAUCUAUCAUACCAACGCCGAGUUAGACACAGAGAGUUUGUGCAAAACUCCAAAUGCGAAUAAAUAGCUUAGCUACGGCUACAGCAAAUUCAAACUGGUCGAACGUAUUACACCGUGGGUGUAGAGGCAUUGGUCGCAAUGAUGGAAAACAAGAUCAGGGUCACCCCAGCAGAAUCCGAACCUGGUCUUUUGUCAAGCGGUUAAAUGAUAGCCUCAAUGUGCCG